AUGGUGGGCCCCUCGACCCCGCCACCGCAGGGACCAUCGCAGUCGGCCGUGAUCGCCUCACCUCCGACCCCAGCAGCCACCCGCAAACUGGAAGAAUCCCGCCUCCGCGCAAAAGACCUCCGCUCCCAGCGCGAAGCCGCCGCCCGCGCGUCCGGCACCGACCAGCCCGUCCCACGAUCAAAGUCAGGCUUCGUCGACACCGAGGACGUCCACGUCGUCGCCAAGGGGAACAACAGGUCACUACGAAAUAAGAGGCCCUACGAGUCCAUCACACAAUCACACGUUCCCGAGUCAAAUCGCGAUGCGCGGUCGCCCGCGAAGCGCCAGGAUGUCGGCGGCAGCGGCAGCAGCAGCGGCGGUGGAGGAGACGGCGACGGCGCCCCGCGGGCGAUGAACAGGAAGUUUGCGCGGUUCGUCGACUACAACUUCAGCAACAUGACAGACACCAAGGGCGGGUUCCUGUCGACCGAGGACGACCCCUUCAACAAGAGCCUCGGCGGCGGCGGAGGCGGUGGUCCCUCACAGCCCGGCGCCAACCCGGACGAGCCGCAGCGGCCCAAGCACAUGACCGAGGCCGAGUGGGAGCGCAUGCAGCUCCUGCGCAAGCUGCAGAAGCAGAAGGCGGGGCCCUUCGAGCCCGGGCUGAGCGCCAUCGCGGACAAGGCCGAGCGCAAGAAGUGCCGCGAGUGCGGGAGCCUCGAGAUCGACUGGGCGUGGGAGGAGGUGUUUGGGUGCUGCGUGUGCGGCGGGUGCAAGGAGAAGUUUCCGGAGAAGUACUCGCUGCUGACCAAGACGGAGUGCAGGGAGGACUACCUCAUUACGGAUCCCGAGCUCCGCGACAAGGACCUCCUCCCGCACCUCUCGCGCCCCAACCCGCACAAGACCCACUGGCACGACAUGAUGCUCUUCCUGCGCUACCAGGUCGAGGACUACGCCUUCAACACCAAGUGGGGGUCGGCCGAGGCGCUCGACGCCGAGUUCGCGCGGCGCGAGGCGGCCAAGAAGAAGCGCAAGGAAGAAAAAUUCCGCGGGAGGCUGUUGGACCUCAAGAAGAAGACGCGCGCCGACGCGUUCCGGCGGGGCACGGGGAGUCUUGCGGGCGGGGACGCGCGGUUCGGCGAGGGGAUCGCCGCGGGCGCGGGCGUCAAGAGGCACGUGCAUGAGUGGGGGCGGGCGGUUGUCGAUGAGGCUGGGGUGAGCACCAAGACUUGUGUCGGGUGUGGGAUGGAGGUGGAGGAGGUUGAGCUCUAG